CACCCCUUAUCCCCGGACGUUAAAUCCAGGAUAGAAGCUGACGAGCUACCAAGGUACAAGCCAGCGGGCCGGACCCGAGUUCAACGCCACCCGUCUUACAUCCGUACAUCCGACAGCGUCGCGCAUAUAGGGGGGGUACCUAAUCCAAAUCUCCGAACAAGGCAGGUCGAUUCUUCCACCCCCUUUCCAUCCCUUUUUAUUCACACCAUGGUUGCCUUUGAUCCUUCACGCCUGGGCGUGAACUUCACCUCCCAGACCCACAGCGACACAUAUGCCCAGAUUGAUCCUUCCGGCAUCACCCCCGCGCCAUGCAUCGGAAGGACAGUCCUCGUUACCGGCGCCGCCAAAGGCAUCGGGCGAGCCAUUGUUGCGUCUUACGCCAAGGCGGGUGCCAGUCGCAUCGCCAUCACCGCCCGCGGGGACGUAUCCGCCACCCAUGCCGAGGCCCUCCAAGCAGCUGCAAAGGCGGGAAGAGAUAGCGUUGAAUUUCUCAUCCUUCGGCUGGACGUCAACGACCAUGACACCAUCGAGGCAUGCGCCCAGGAGCUGGCCUCUAGGUGGGGGCACAUUGACAUUCUUGUCAACAAUGCGGGAUACCUGGCACCGUUUGUGCCAUUGGGCGAAGGGGACAGGGACGACUGGUGGUUGACGUGGGAGGUCAACGUGCGUGGUGUCUACUGGGUCAUUCGUGCGCUUCUACCUCUUAUCCUGAAGAGCAAGGACAAGACUAUUGUCAAUCUCACCUCGGUCGGAGCCCUGGCGCUGACCCCCGGUGCGAGUGCCUAUCAGCCGUCUAAGCUGGCGGUGCUGCGUUUGUCCGAGUAUCUGAUGGUGGAUUACGAGUCCAGGGGCCUGCUGGUGUACUCUGUUCACCCGGCGUCAGUGGCGACUGAUCUCGCUAACAAUAUGCCAGCAGAAAUCGUUCAAGCUGUGUGCCAUGAUACGCCUGAGCUGGCCGGUGAUAGCAUUGUGUUUCUGACCAGCGAGCGACGGGAGUGGUUGGCUGGGAGGUAUAUCAGCUGCGCUUGGGAUAUGCCUGAGCUGAUGGCCAGGAGAGAGGAAAUCGUAGAGAAGGAUCUAUUGAAACUUCAGGUGCGGUUUCAGUGAAGUUAUCUAGCCGAGGCCAAGCUUUUAUUAGGCUUCUUGGCAUGAUGCUUGUUUGAGAUAUGCGGUUGAAUCGCGUGGGGUCCACUGCGGGAAUGCACAAUUUCUACCCACUUGCCCCACAAAAGGGGGAUCUCACGAUAUAAACAAUGAGGGUCGUUGCCUACAUAGUUUACGAUUGCAUCCCUUCUGCUACCGUGCAUCUUUCACGUC